AGCAUGGAAAAUAAGGAGAAUGGCUCAGUGGAUUCUAAAAACUCAGUGGAGAAUGGAAGACCUCCAGAUGCGUCACAGUGGGCUGUGGAUGAUGUCGUCAGUUAUUUCAUGGCAAAUGGAUUUGAGGAACAAGCCAGCGCGUUUAAGGAUCAGGAAAUCGAUGGGAAAUCCCUCCUGCUAAUGACCCGAAAUGAUGUCUUAACCGGACUUUCCCUGAAGUUGGGCCCAGCCCUGAAAAUCUAUGAGUAUCAUGUAAAGCCCCUGCAGAUGCAGCAUAUGAAGAACACGGCUCCGUAAUACAAGUAAAGCUUGGCUUGUUAUGUGACCAAAGUACAGCUGUGCUUUGUUUGACCAACAAUAUGGAACACUGUCACCAAAUCCAAGCCAGCAAUGAUAUGUCAUGGAGGAUUCCUGGCUGAGAGAGUUCACAAGCCUGUAGCUCUCAACUGUCUGAAGUUAUGGGUGCUGGAAGAGGUGGGGCUCGA